AUGAGGCUUUUGAUUUCCAUUCCACUGUCACCAUUCAACCAAACUACUGAUAACCACCAGACCUUCACCUUGACUGGGAUUCCAGGAAUGCCAGAGAAGGACUUCUGGAUGGCCUUGCCCCUCUGUCUUCUUUAUAGUAUCACAGUCCUGGGUAAUGUUAUUAUUCUUUUUGUCAUCAAAACUGAACAAAGUCUUCAUGAGCCCAUGUAUUAUUUUCUGGCUAUGCUAGCUGCCACAGACCUCAGCCUUUCACUAUGUACCAUGCCCACCAUGAUAAGCGUUUACUGGUUCAAUUGGCACUUAAUAACUCUUGAUGCCUGCAUCACUCAAAUGUUCUUUAUCCAUGCCUUUGGGGGAGUAGAGUCAGGUGUUCUGGUGGCUAUGGCCUUUGAUCGCUUUGUGGCUAUUCGCUUCCCUUUGCACUAUACUACCAUUCUCACUCACAGAGUCAUCGGCAACACUGGGGCAGCAGUCCUGCUGCGGAGUGUGGUGGUUGUUCUCCCUGUGCCUUUCCUCAUCAAAAGAUUACCUUUCUGCCACUCCAAUGUCCUAUCCCAUGCAUACUGCCUCCAUCAGGACGCCAUGAGGCUUGCCUGUGCUGACACAAGUGUCAACAGCAUCUAUGGUCUAGUGACUGUGAUCAUCUUCAUUGUACUAGAUGUCUUGAUCCUUUUGGUCUCUUAUGUUCUCAUCCUCCAGGCAGUAUUGAACAUUGCUUCCAAGGAAGAGAGAUUCAAAGUUCUCAAAACCUGCCUCUCUCAUAUCAGUGCAGUGCUGCUGUUCUAUGUGCCUCUCAUUGGCAUGACUCUGAUUCACCGAUUUGGGAAGCAUUUGUCACCAUUUGUACACAUACUCAUGGCCAAUAUCUACCUGUUGCUUCCUCCUGUGCUCAAUCCUGUCGUGUACAGUGUUAGAACCAAACAGAUUAGGCAGCGGAUUAUCCGAAUGUUCUGUGGGGGCAAGAAUGGCCCUUAA